AUGGUAAGCAGUAGUGGCAGCAGCGGUCAAAAUCUGCUUACUUUUGAAAAAUUGAAAGGUGCAACAAACUAUGAAGACUGGAAAUUUCAGAUGGAAUUAUACCUAAUUCACGAAGACCUCUGGAAGUACACGAUGGUUACGCCAGAAGAUGAUGAGAUGGAAAUUAAGCAAGAUCAAUUAGCACGCGCUAAAAUCGGUUUAAUGGUAGAAAAAGAUUGCCUCGGUUAUCUUAGACAUACAAAAAAUACACGACAAGCUUGGGAGGCACUACGCAAAGUAUUUGAAAACGAUGAAGGCAACAAUAGCAGUAAAUUAUUAAAAAAACUACUAAGGUUAAGGUUAGACCAGUUUAAGAGUAUUAAAGAAUAUGUAGCUGAAGUCAUGUCAGCGUCGCAAAAAUUAAAAGCCAUGGGUAAAGAAGUAAAUGAUGAACUCCUAGCAACAAUUUUACUUCAAGGGCUUACCAAAGAAUAUAUUCCCAUCCGUGUCGCAAUCGAGACGUCUAAUACUACGUUGACGGCUGAUUAUGUCAAAACCAAACUAUUAAGCAUUGAAGAAGAGCUUAGUACCGUAUCAGAUGACGAAGAUUUCAGUGUAGUGACUAUGCCAAAAAAACGUGUAUCUGUACCAAAAUCCAAAUGUAACUUAAAAUCUGAAAAUUGUAGCAGUAAACUAAAAACUCGAGACUGCUUGGAUGUAACAUUUGGCGAAUCAGUAACAUUAUAUUGCGACAGGGAUGGAGAAAGUACUACACCCAGAAGGAAACACAGGGGCACAUUUCAAGGAACUAAUAGAACAAACUUAUUCGCAGAUUCUGGGGACUAUGCACAUGUAAGGGAACGGGGUAAUUAUCCGUGUUUUAUGAUAUGGGCGCAAAUUUUGCUAUGGGGUUUGGCAAAGGUAUUUCAGUUUUGGUGA